UCCAACGGUCAGGAUUGUCCAGCCGCGUCUGCCACAUCCCACCCUCCUUCAAAGCUGGUCAUCGGGCGGUGUAUCAAAGAAACCCCACCGCCGCCCAUCGAGAUGCUCUCCGUCCGGCCAUCCUCUCCUCCGCCCUGCCUGGCGGCCCCGCCUCCGCCGCUCACCCGCCCCUGCCCUGCUCGGCGGCUCCUCCCCUGCGUCGCCGUGGCCGCCGCCACUGGACAGCGAGGAAGGCGACGAGGCGACGACGAUUACCACGCUACCAUCCGGUCCCUCAACUCCCGCGGCCGCCACACUCCAAGAAAGUCGCUCGGCCAGCAUUAUAUGUUGAAUUCGAGCGUUAACGAGGAGCUCGUUAGGGUCGCGGGGGUCGGAGAAGGCGAUGUGGUCCUGGAGAUAGGGCCAGGAACAGGUUCUUUGACCAACGUCCUGAUAGAUGCCGGCGCUACGGUGGUUGCCAUCGAAAAGGAUCCACACAUGGCCACUCUUGUUCAGGAAAGGUUUCGUUCUACAGACCAAUUGAUGGUUUUGCAAGAAGACUUCACAAAAUGCCAUAUCCAUUCACAUUUAAGUUCAUUAUUGGAGAAGAAUCACAAGGAAAGCAGUCCAACAUAUGCAAAGGUGGUUUCAAACUUACCUUUUAAUAUAAGCACCGAAGUCGUAAAGCAACUUCUUCCUAUGGGUGAUGUCUUCUCUGAUGUCGUCCUUUUACUUCAGGAUGAGGCUGCAUCACGCCUGGCAGAUUGUUCUUUACGAACACCAGAGUACAGACCCAUUAACAUUUUUGUGAAGUUCUACUCAGGUACACACUCUUCUGUGUUGUGGACUUAAGAGGAAAGUUUUGAUUUACAUGAAAAUACUGUGCUCUUAAAUGUGGUAUCCCUCACCGAGAAAACUGGAGACGAGCCAAUUCCUUAGUUACGCAGGUUAGGUGGUUACUUACAUGUAUUUGUCUUUCUGUCGUGUCACUAUUAACAUCGGAUGGUGGCAACAUGUUAACAAUGGAUGGUGGCAACAUGUUAUGACGAAUGUGACCUGUUAAGGUUUGGUCCCAUGGUGAAUGCCUAGAAGUUUUUACAUUUGAAAGCAGUUCAUCUUAAAUGUCAUCUGUUCUUGUUCAGAUUACUAAUGAACUUGUUAGCUAUAUGUUUUUCUUGCCAGACAAACUUAUCUGGAUUCUAGUGUAGGUUCGAUUGAUGUCAACUCUAAGUGAAUUUUUUAUACAAUUUCAAUAUUGGAUUACAUCUUUAGUUCGAGCUUUAUACCUUAUUAUGGAAAACAAAAUUAGGUACAUAGACUGGACUUUACACUUGACAUUUUGGAUCCUAGAAUGCAGGAAAUCUCUUUUUCUCUGCCUGAUGCCUGGUUUGAGAAAAUAUAGCCCUCUUAAUGUCUAAAUAACUUUGACAGGCAGACACUUCUGAUGAAGGCAGUAAAUGUACUAUAGAGAUACUGCAUGGAUAUUGCUUUUUGAUGUUUCCAUUGUGUGAGAUUUUGACCAGCCAAACCAUGGUUAUGGUACUGGUUGAGAUAUAAAUCAUUAAAUAAUUAGAGUAUGUAUCAAUCCAGAUUUUUGGUGGGCUUGGAAAUAUUUAUUAGCAUAUAUGCAAACUAAAGUGUUUGCAAGUCCUUAUGCAUUAAGUGCUUUUUAUUUUUAUAAUGUUCAUCUAAAGGAAUGCAAAUUUAUUUUUCCAUGAAUAUAAAUUGUUUCUUACCACUACUUACAAUGAACAAGGUGGUCCAUUAUGAGGUUCUUAUGGCCUACAGCAUAUCAAUCAUGCAUACUACAGUACAGCUUUUGUUUAACUUAGUGAUGGACUCUCAUUCAUGCUUUGUUUCCUUAAGACACCUAAUGCUCAUUCAUGGAGAUGAUUCUAGAGAAUCAUUGUUCGGUGUUAGUAUAUUGGACACCAAUGCAUUACUCCAACCAGUUUCCACUAGGCAAUCACAGUUUCUAUGAACGAUGCACAAGGCACAUGCAUUAUCCACUAGUCCCAUUUUUUAAGAUUUUAAGUGGUAAUAAGAGAUAACUUAUUUAGUGAAUAUCUAUUUGGUCAUUGGCAUAGUCUUUUCAUGUGAAUUGGAGGGGAUCGUGAUAUUCUUGAAAGUUUUUGGUAGUUAGUUAGAAGCUGUUUGCUAGAUUUAAAGUUUCUAGUUAGCUGUGUGUUUACUGGUAUUCUCUUUAAAGUUUCUAGUUAGCUGUGUGUUUAUGCCAAGACUAUGAGUAGAUUAUUGGUGGUGUUUACUUUGUCUCGUUGUGCCUCGAAUUCACAGUGUUGGUGAAUGAAAAAGUGAAAACAUGCGAAUGCUGAAUAAUAUAGUUUUGUCUUGCCACACUUCGCAAAUUUUUUUUCCCAUGGUGUUAUUCCUAACAAAGAAUUUAUUCCAUGAUGGUACAGAUCCAGCUUACAUAAUCAAAGUUGAAAGGACCAAUUUUUUUCCUGAGCCAAAUGUUGAUGCUGCUAUUAUUAGAUUUAGACUGAAGCGAAGUGCAGAAUAUCCAUUGGUUGC